AUGGACAUGGACGAAUUCAUCGAACUUGCUGUUCUAAAAACAGUACUGGCUGAAUCGUACUCCCUCACGAAGAAAACGUUCAUCGUCUCCCAAACAGUUUCCUUGACUCCUCUGCAGGUCGCCGCGAUGAUCGAUGGAGUCGAAAUGUGUCGACAUCUCGUUCAAGAAGGAUUUGUUGCGAAUGUUAAAUGCGAAAAACUCGGCGCCUCGCUGUUGCACUACGCUGCCCUGAACGAGAAGCACGGAUUGGAACUGAUUGAUUACUUUUCAUCUCUUGGAUUGAAGCUGAACGCAAAAGACAAGUUUGGAGAUGAACCACUUCAAUACGCAAUCAGAGUGAACAAUUCAACGGUCGUCAAGAAACUGCUCCAACCACAAUGCCCCGAAGAAAAGAGUAACAAGAACAAAUCUGAGUCAAGAUACCACUCGAUCUUAGCCAAUAUGGUGCUGGAACAGGAAAAAGGACUCCUUACUGAUUACUAUGGUUUUGGAAAUACUGGAAGGUCAGCGAUCCACCUUGCAGCUAUGCUCGGCGAUCUUGACAUGUGCAAGUGGCUUUUAAACGAAGGCGUGGACGCUCAAUCUUUAACAAAGAAUGAAUUGGAGGAGAGCGUGCUGCACUGUGCCGCAAAGAACAAAUCACACGGCAAAGAACUGGCGCGUUAUUUCAUUUCCGAGCAUAGCUUUGACGUGAACGCGAAAGACAAACUUGGGUACACGCCUCUCCAUAGUGCCUUGUUCAAGGAAAACAUCGAGACUGCCGAAGAAUUGUUGAGACUCGGUGCAGACCUAGCCGUUAAACAAGUCACCACUGACAGCAGAAAAUUCGAAAAUCUAAUGCACUUCUGCGUAAGACAUAGCAAGAUAAUGGACAUGGACGAAUUCAUCGAACUUGCUCUUCGGAAAACAGUACUGGCUGAAUCGUACUCUAUCACGAAGAAAACAUUCAUCGUCUCCCAAACAGAUUACUUGACUCCUCUGCAGGUCGCCGCGAUGAUCGAUGAAGUCGAUAUGUGUCGACAUCUCGUUGAAGAAGGACUUGUUGCGAAUGUUAAAUGCGAAAAACUCGGCGCCUCGCUGAUGCACUACGCGGCCCUGAACAAGAAGCACGGAUUGGAACUGAUUGAUUACUUUUCAUCUCUUGGAUUGAAGCUGAACGCAAAAGACAAGUUUGGAGAUGAACCACUUCAAUACGCAAUCAAAAUGAAUAAUUCAAAGGUAGUCGAGAAACUGCUCAAACAAAAAUGCACAGAAGAAGAGAAUAAAAAGGACAAGUCUGACAAAGAGUCACGAUACCAAUCAAUAUUAGCAAAAAUGAUGCUGGAACAGGAUAAAGGGCUCCUUACUAAUUACUAUGGUUUUGGAAAUACUGGAAGGUCAGCGAUCCACCUGGCAGCUAUGCUCGGCGAUCUUGAUAUGUGCAAGUGGCUUUUGAAUGAAGGUGUCGACGUUCGAUCCUUAACAAUGAAUGAAUACGAGGACAACGUUAUUCAUUGUGCCGCACUCAACAAAUCGCACGGCACAGAACUUGUGCAGUAUUUCGUUUCCGAGCAUUGCUUUGACGUGAACGCAAAAGACAAACUUGGACAUAGCAAGAUAAUGGACAUGGACGAAUUCAUCGAACUUGCUGUUCUAAAAACAGUACUGGCUGAAUCGUACUCCCUCACGAAGAAAACGUUCAUCGUCUCCCAAACAGUUUCCUUGACUCCUCUGCAGGUCGCCGCGAUGAUCGAUGGAGUCGAAAUGUGUCGACAUCUCGUUCAAGAAGGAUUUGUUGCGAAUGUUAAAUGCGAAAAACUCGGCGCCUCGCUGAUGCACUACGCUGCCCUGAACGAGAAGCACGGAUUGGAACUGAUCGAUUACUUUUCAUCUCUUGGAUUGAAGCUGAACGCAAAAGACAAGUUUGGAAAUGAGCCACUUCAAUACGCAUGCAAAAUGAAUAAUUCAAAGGUCGUCGAGAAACUGCUCCAGCCGAAAUGCCCCGAAGAAGAGAGCAACAAGGAUAAAUCUGAGUCAAGAUACCACUCGAUCUUAGCCAAUAUGGUGCUGGAACAAGAUAAAGGGCUUUUUGGUGUGACUGGAAGGUCAGCAAUCCACCUUGCUGCUAUGCUCGGCGAUCUUGACAUGUGCAAGUGGCUUUUGAAUGAAGGUGUCGACGUUCGAUCUUUAACAAUAAAUGAAUACGAGGACAGCGUGCUUCACUGUGCCGCAAUGAACAAAUCGCACGGCAAAGAACUGGUGCAGUAUUUCGUUUCCGAGCAUUGCUUUGACGUGAACGCAAAAGACAAACUUGGUGUUAGCAACAACAAAGUAGAAAGUGCCAAAUACCUGAUUGAAAAGCUUCCUGGCCUAAUUGCAGAGCCUGGACCAGGUGGAAAAACUAUUGUUCAAUUGGCCACUGAAAAAGGAGACAAUGAAAUGAUGAAGAUGUUGGCUGAGAAAGGAUUCAAGUUUUAA